AGCUUGGCGUCUGGCCCGCCCACUCAUGCCCCCUUAUAAAGCCUCAUAAAGAACCUCAAGAAUGGAAAAGACCCUCUAAGAGAGCUGAGCCAAACACCCUAAACAGCACUUAGAGUUGGUACGACUCAGAAAGAGGGCGAGAGAAAAAGAGAGAAAGGAUUAUAGGACGCUGCAUUCAUGGAUGAACAAGGAGGUAAGAACCCAUGGAACAGGCCAGUGGCCAUCUUUCUGGCUGCUAUCACUGCGGUGAUCAUCAUCAUGGUGGCCAUUUCUGUCGUCCAGAACAAGCCUUUACACCAGAAAUACAAAUAUGGAAUAGUUCUGGAUGCAGGUUCCUCCCACACCUCUGUGUUCAUCUAUGAAUGGCCAGCUGAAAAGGAGAACAACACUGGCAUGGUACGACAGAAGCACACCUGUAACGUGAAAGGCAAAGGCAUUUCCAGUUACUCUGCUAAUCCACAGGGGGCUGGUGCAUCUCUGCAGGAGUGCAUGGAGGAAGCCAUGCAGAAAAUACCGGCACACAGACACCCUGAAACCCCUGUGUACCUGGGAGCCACAGCAGGCAUGAGACUGCUCAGGAUGGAGGAUGAAAAAGCCUCAGAUAAGGUACUGGACUCAGUAGCACAAUCACUGAAGAGCUACCCCUUCUCCUAUCGGGGAGCUCGUAUCAUCUCAGGCCAAGAAGAGGGAGCUUUCGGAUGGAUUACAGUCAAUUACCUGAGCGAAAACUUGAGAAAGCCCACAGGGACGCUUGGAGCUCUGGACCUCGGUGGAGCGUCUACUCAGAUAACCUUCAUACCUCAACAGAAAAUUGAAUCAACUAACAAUUCUAUUGACUUCAGGCUGUACGGAAACGAUUAUCACCUGUACACCCAUAGCUUUCUCUGUUACGGGAAGGACCAAGCUCUCAAGAUUUCUAUGGGCAAGAUAUUAGAAUCAGCAAUUGAAGCUUACAAGACAGGCCCCACUGAGUUAAGAGAUCCUUGCUUUCACCCUGGAUAUAACGACAGCAAGACAGUUUCAAGUUUCUUCAAUUCACCCUGUGUGGAAAAAGUGAAACUGCCAAAUGAAAACUUCUUCCAUAUGGGGCUUGGGAAUUGGUCUCAGUGCCAACAAUCAAUCAGAACGAUUUUUAAUACAGGCAUUUGUCCUUACACAAGAUGCUCUUUUAAUGGUGUUUUCCAGCCUUCUGUCUAUGGAGAUUUUGGGGCCUUUUCAGCUUUCUUCUUUGUGAUGGACUUUUUGAAUCUGACAAGUGGUACUUUAACCACUACAAAGCAGAAGCUAGAAGCGUACUGUUCUACACCAUGGAACAAGAUUGUUGAAAAUCAUCCCCAAAUAAAUAAGAAGUACCUUUCGGAAUACUGCUUCUCAGCAACCUACAUUCUCACCCUUCUGGAAGAUGGAUACAAAUUCACCUCCGACAACUGGAAAGACAUCAGGUUCAUUAAGAAGAUAGGAGACAGUGAUGCAGGCUGGACAUUAGGUUACAUGCUUAACCUGACCAACAUGAUCCCCGCUGAAGCUCCAGACACGCCGCUGAUGCCUUAUGGGGGAUAUGUCACAUUUAUGAUCCUCUUCUUACUCCUGAUACUUCUUCUUCUUUUUCUGGUCUGUUUCUAUUUCCAUCGGUCCAAUAGAACAGCUCAGAAAGACAUAAUUUAAAUAUGGAUAUUAUUCUUUGGUCUCUGUAGUAUAUUGAAUGUUUAUGUCUGCAGAACAAAAUGUCAAUAAAUCCAAAAAGUUUUACAUUUCAAAUAAUUUGGAAAUCAUACCUCAUGUGAAGGAUAAACAGGUUUUUGGAGAGAGAUGGGUUACAGGUUCCACUGCAGCUGAAGGGACUUCAGACUCUAUUCCCAUUCUUCUGUGUUUUUGUGACCACUUAAAGUCUUCUUUAAAAGUCAUGAGUACAGGUUUUAGCUUUUGGGGGGCUGGGUUAAAGCUUCCUUAAAAGAAAAAGUGCACUGAGACUCAAUAUAUCAUCUGUUUUUAAGUCUUUAAUGAACCUUGCCAUUUUAUGUAUAAAAGCACAUCUUCUUGAUGCCAGUAUCUUUAUUUUUUAUUCUUUACUUAUUAUAAAGAACGUCUCUGAUAGUCAAAAUAUACUUUUUUUACAUAAUGGACAUAUGAAAAUCACUGGAUAUCACUGUUUAAAAAUAGCUUUCAGCAAUUCAGCAUAGCACAUUUCUUAAUAAAUUGCUAAAUGAAAGUCUGUCAUUGCAUGCUUU